GGGAGCAGACCACCGUUACCAGGUUUGAGGGGAAGAGGGAACGGAGGCAGAGAAACCACAUACAGCCCCCCAGCUUAGAAGACCUCGUCGUUGUUUAAGGGAAAGACAGCAGUAACAGCCAACGUUAAGCGUGCCAUGGUGGCCAGCACAGGGACCGGCGGCGGCAUUCUCAGCGGCGGCGUCGAAGGCAGCGUCGGCGUCCGGGUCCUGACGGCGACGGCCAUGCUGGCGGCGUUACUGGCACUCCUCAUGCCUGCAGCUGCCAUCGAUCCCCUCUCCACCCUCGAGUGCCAUCGCCGGCAAUACACUUACAAGGUCCACAAGACAGAUGACAACGGUCGGAUGUGCUGGGACUAUAUCAACGUGAUGAGCUGCUGGGGCCGCUGCGAUUCUAACGAGAUCGCUGACUGGAAAUUCCCAUACAAGCGGUCUCACCAUCCCGUCUGCAUGCACGAGGAAACUCAUCUCACGCAGGUGACUCUCCGUAACUGCCACGAUGACGUCGCUCCGGGCACGGAGAUCUACUCCUUCCACGAGGCCAACCGAUGUUCGUGCUCCGUGUGCAAGUCCUCGGAGGCGUCCUGCGAGGGUUUGCGGUACAGGGGCGCUCGCAGAGCCCCUCGCGUUGACGUCCCAAGGGGCUAAAGUGCGCUGCGUGGAGCCGCGACCUCACGCCGGGAUCCACGUGCGACCUUCCUGACCACCACAGACGACGGUUUUUUUGCCCCCAGAUGUCUCCUCUACGAAACAAAUGUAUGGAAAUAAAAGAAGAUCUUGCA